UACUCAGGCUAGGUUGGUCGGGCUGACGGAAGCGCGAGCGGAACCUUCAUGAAGUUUCUCAGGGUAUGCGAAGAUCAUAAUAAUGAUGUGAAGUGAUCGGAAGGAAGCAGCGGCCGAGUUCAUCCCACUGCAGCCUGGAUUUAGCGGGGCGCAGAGCGCCUGAGGUCGGGCAGCUCUGAGGCAAAUACAAGAAGUUAGCAGUCCGGGCCCGGGGAACGCGAACCCUCUGGGGGGAGAGAGAGAGAGAGAGAGAGAGUCAGUCGGGAGUGGGUGGGAGAGAGAGAAAAACAAACAAACACAAUUAGGGAUAGGGAGGGAGAAACAGGCACACACGCAAACGCGCAGAUUUGCGGGGAGACGCACAUAUACCGGGAGCAGAGCGACACAUCAGGGCUAGGGAGGGAGACGUGGACACACACCAGGAGCAAGGAGCACAUAUACAUAUUGCAGGGUGGGGGACCGAGAGAGAGAGACACGGAGAUAAACCCAUAUACAUAAAGGAGCAAUAGUCAGAGAGUGGCAGUAACUCAGCCCAGGAAAAGAGACUGAGCCCAAGGAAGGACAGAGUGAGAGAGGGAAUAAACACUGCAAGUGAACUCCCUCACCCAGGAGCAGAACGAAAUCGUGUGACCAGGGGCAGGGUUCAGUGGGAUAUAAUUUGAUCGAUUUGCUGGAGUCAUAGCCAGUGCAGCGAUUCAGGUUGAAAGGUUGUUAGAACAUUGUGCUUUGGACCGUGGCACCUUUCCACUCCUAGUUAUUAGUCUUUUUUUGGUGAUAACCAUGGGCCUACCGGCACUGGAGUUCAGUGAUUGUUACCUGGACAGCCCACAAUUCCGAGACAGAAUCAAGUCUCAUGAAGCAGAGCUGGAAAAAACAAACAAGUUCAUUAAAGAUCUGAUUAAAGAUGGAAAAGCACUGAUUCAGGCAAUGAAAAAUUUAUCCAUUGCGAAGAGGAAGUUUGCAGAAUCAUUAAAUGAAUUUAAGUUUCAGUGCAUUGGAGAUGCGGAGACAGAUGAUGAGAUCUGUAUAGCGAGGUCACUUCAGGAGUUCGCAGGAGUUCUAAAGAAUCUUGAAGAUGAGCGAGGGCGUUUGAUUGAGAAUGCUGGUAAAGUCCUCAUCAGCCCAUUGGAAAGAUUUCGGAAGGAGCAGAUUGGAGCUGCAAAGGAAGCAAAGAAGAAAUAUGAUAAGGAAACAGAAAAGUAUUGCAGUGUGCUAGAAAAGCAUUUAAAUCUGUCAUCAAAGAAAAAGGAUUCUCAUCUUCAAGAGGCAGAUAGUCAGGUUGAUGUCGUUCGACAGCAUUUCUACGAAGUGUCACUGGAAUACGUAUUCAGAGUGCACGAGGUGCAAGAACGAAAGAUGUUUGAGUUUGUGGAACCAUUGCUUGCAUUCUUACAAGGACUCUUCACAUUUUAUCAUCAUGGGUAUGAAUUGGCAAAAGACUUUGGACACUUUAAAACCCAGCUUCAGAUCAGCAUUCAGAAUACACGAGACCGUUUCGAGGGUACACGAUCUGAAGUUGAAUCAUUAAUGAAGAAAAUGAAGGAGAACCCUCAAGAACAUCAGAGUAUCAGCCCUUAUGCAAUGGAAGGUUACCUCUUUGUGCAGAAAAAAAGUCCUUUUGGAUCCAGCUGGGUGAAGCACUACUGCACAUAUCAAAAAGAAGCAAAGAAGGUUACUAUGGUGCCAUUUGAUCAAAAAACUGUGGGAAAAAUAGGGGAUGAAGAAAUGUUUACCCUAAAAUCAUGCAUUAGGAGAAAAACAGACUCCAUUGAGAAGAGAUUCUGUUUUGAUGUGGAAGGAGUGGACAGGACAAGCAUGAUCACCAUGCAGGCACUUUCUGAGGAGGACAGAAGGCUGUGGAUAGAGGCCAUGGAUGGCAGAGAGCCAGUGUACAACUUGAAUAAGGACAAUCCAAUAAGUGAAGGCACUGCUCAACUGGACAAAGUUGGAUUUGAUUUAGUAAAGAAAUGCAUUCGUGCAGUUGAAGAAAGAGGUAUAAAUGAGCAGGGCCUGUACCGAAUAGCUGGUGUUAACUCCCGAGUUCAGAAACUAUUAGGUUUACUAAUGGGAGCAGCUGAUGUAGACCUGGAGACUUCAACUGAAUGGGAGAUAAAGACAAUUACCAGCACACUUAAACAUUACCUGAGGGUGCUUCCAGCUCCACUGAUGACAUUCCAAUUACAACACAACUUUAUCAAAGCAGCCAAAUUGGAUCAUCCAGAAUCAAGACUAUCAGAGAUUCACAAAUAUGUGCAUCGGCUUCCGGAAAAGAACAGAGCAAUGUUGGAAAUAACAAUAAAACAUUUGGCAAAGGUAUCCAAUAACCACAAACAAAAUCUAAUGACCGUGGCAAACCUAGGUGUGGUGUUUGGACCAACUCUGCUCAGACCACAGGAGGAGACUGUAGCAGCAAUCAUGGAUAUCAAAUUCCAGAAUAUAAUCGUUGAGAUUUUGAUAGAGAACCAUGAAACGAUUUUCCAAAUGGAACCAGAAACGGGAACAAUUCAACCUAAUCUAUCACUGAAUUCUGCACAGAAAAAGAGUUUUGAGUGUAAGCCUCCCUUAUGUAGCCAGAGGCCUUUAAUGUUGUUUCCGGCAAAUUCAAAUGAAAAUGACAAGCAGAACAACAUUACAAACUCUAGUGCCGAGUCUGUGGUCAUCCCUACUGUGAAUGCUUCAUCUAAUUCUAAAACUUAUCAGCAAAGUGUGCAGAGCCUGGGCCCUUGUGACACAGAGGCACCUGCAGUGAAACUGAUCCGACCCAAUUCUCUGGCUGUGUGGUCAAGCUAUGCAACUUUAUCAGCUAGAUUCCGCAAAAGGUUAAACCCCAAAAGAAAACCCAGUCUCACUAGUCCUCUCCCUCCCAGUCCCAGCUCACCAUUAUCACCCUCGUGGCCUAUGGUUUCAGCACCUUCAAGUCCAGUACCUGUUUCCUCAACCUCCAGCGACUGCUCCCCUCUCAGUACCCAGUGUCGCAAAGCUCGAGCCUUGUAUGCAUGUAAAGCAGAACACGACUCAGAAUUAUCCUUCAGCGCUGGAACCAUGUUUGAGAAUGUUCAUUCAUCCAGGGAACCUGGUUGGCUUGAAGGAACACUGGAUGGGAAAACUGGACUAAUUCCAGAAAAUUAUGUUGAGUUUCUAUAGCCAAAGGUGCAUGUCGUUAUUGCAUAGCACUACAUGGUAUCCAUGGCAAUUUACGAAGACUUCAACAAGAUUUUAGUUUUUGAUGUUUUAUUUUUAUUGCAGAAAUGCAAUGAGGAGAGAUCUGUGAACUGGAGAUAGAUGAUUAAUUUCAACCCUAGCUUUUACUGUCUUGUAUUGUUGACUUGUUUCGCUGUUAAUUUAUCGAACCAGAGCCUGUAAUUAUUUCUUAAGGAUUUUGUUCUUAAUUCAAACACUCCUUGGUUUCCCAAAUUAGGGUUUAUUUUAUCUGUACUAUAUCUUAGAAUGUAUAUAAUGUAGAUAUUCAUUUUGCAAAGCUGUUGCGAAUGUAAUCCAUAUGAUGUAGGCAGUGUGCUGUUGCAAAGCUUAUCAUCCUUCAGUUUGCCAUUCCUUUUCAAGGUGCUUCCAGCAUUGACAAGAAACUAAGCUCUUCAUACAGCUAGUCUCUUAAAGAGCAUUUCUCUCAAUUAAAGUGUUGCAAUCACAUGCCUAGAUUAUAGAAUUGUGAUAAAGCAUAGCAAAGGUACUAGGGGCUUAACAAUGGUGACAUCAAAUGGCCAAAUUUUAUACUGGGAUAAAGCUCACACCACUGUCCGUAUGAUUAUUUUUAAAUCUUAAUCACUGAUAUGGGAAACAUUACUUUUUAUUUUUUCAAAAUAUAUAUUACUUUGUGAUAUUUGUAUGAGAUAUUUGUUUACAUAAAAGUGAAUGCCCUCUAUAAUGGAAAAGAAUAAUUGGAUUUUAAAGAAUGUUACUAGUUUAAAUAGAAAUGUUUUAAUAACAUUUUAAAAAUGACAAUCAGCCAGAAAGUGGAAGUUGUUUCUAACCAUCCUAGCACCAGUUUUUUUACCACUCUGAAUAAAAUGCUGUGGCAGCAGCAAAGUAAGAUUUCAAUAAUCUUACAUCGCUUUCUUUUGUAACUGUUGGAGUUGUUAAACUUGUUCCAAUUUCUAAAAAUAAACACAGAACUGAUCUGGUUCAGCAUAAAUGCAAUGAUUUCAAAUCAUCUUUGAAGCCUGGAAUUUCAAAAAUAACAACUCAACUUGCAUUUAUGUAGUACCCUUAAUUUCCCAAGAUGCAAUAAGAACUUAGCAACAAAGGUUUUUUAUGAACUGAAUAAAAAUUCUGAACCUACUUGUAUUGGUUUGACAGUUGAGCAUAAGCAAAGAACUACAAGCUGUCUGUCUGGGACAAGUCUUUUGCUAAUUUAUUCAUCUUACAUAUUUAACUUUUUAAGGGGACAUUGGACUAGGGGCUGCCACUAAGGAACAAGAUAAAAAGAAUGAGGGAAAGAAAAAUAUGGGAGAACAAAAGGAAGCUUUCAUGGCCUAUAUCAUUCUGCCUGUCACUUUGAACCAAACAAAAGAUGUGUAUCCAAUAUACAGUGUGGUUUGGCUUUUUAAAAAUGUAUGUUCAGAAUGGAUAUUAUGUUUUGGGGGAUAUCUAUGCUUUUUAAAAUUUUUCAAGUUCUUAUUACUAAUUUAAAGUUCAUGGUAAGCCUGCUGAGACCAGUGGGUUAUGAUACCCGGAGUUGUUUUGUGUGAUUUUUGCAGCAGUGGCUAAUGUGCCUUCCAUGUAGUUCACUGUAACAAAAUUACAGCUUGAUCACUCAUCUCUUUUCUUAAAAAAUAUUUUGUUUUAGAAGCUGGAUCACUUUGCAUUCACUGUACUUCAAAUGGCAAUAAAAUUAUUUGGUAUAUGAAA